AGGCUGAGCUGCGCGCGAGCUGAGAUGAUGGCGAGCGCGCUCACAGCAUCACCAUCUCUCUAACACAGAGCAUUCAUCAGCGCAGCUUCUCAACGAUGGACGGCAAUGUCUUCCCCGACCAAGAACAGCUGCUGGCGUUCCUGAAGAAACUCAAAGAAGUGUUCGAUGUGUGCGACGAGGAUGCCGACGGAUAUAUUCGGGUUGAGCACUUCGUGGACCUCGGUUUACAGUUCGGCCAAGGAGAUGAAGUGAAGAAGUUUGCCAAGUACUUGGAUCCCAACGCUCACGGCAGAAUAAACUUCAAAGAUUUCUGUCAUGGAGUGUUUGCAAUCAAAGGCUGUGAGGAGAUCCUAAAAUCGGCACUUGGGACCCCCACCAUCGCAGCACAGCCGUACCAGACAGACAAUGGCUACUACUAUCAGCACCAGGAGGGGAGUCUGGGACCCCCCAUCAUUGUGUGCACACGUCCGUACCCAGAGUGCCAGCUGUACUCGGACGAGGAGGGAAUGGGUGGACGGGACAUGCAGGAGUCAGACAUGGACAGUGCUGCGGACAGCGGAGCAGGAUCUGAAUCUUCUGAAGGAGGACGGCAGGAUGACAAAGAAGAAGGACUGGGGGGAUUCUUUUUACGUGGAAACAACUGUGGUCAGAUGGUGUCGUCAGCUGCAGCCUCAGUAAUCUCAGUGGAGGAGCAGUUUGAGGACUAUGGAGAGGGAGAAGAUGUGGACUUCACUCCCAGCAGCCCCAUCCCAGAUGAUGAUACUCGCACCAAUGGUUUCUCUGACCUGGGCUCAUCUCUACCAUCCAGUGCUGGUCAAACCCCUCAGAAGAUCCGACACCUGUACAACAGUGAGCUUCUGGAUGUUUACUGCUCUCAGUGCUGCAAGAAAGUCAACCUGCUCAAUGACCUGGAGGCCAGACUCAAGAACCUCAAAGCUAACAGCCCAAACAGGAAAAUUUCCAGUACUGCUUUUGGCCGUCAACUCUUCCACCACAGUAACUUCAGCAGCAGUCAGGGCAGCACUGAAGACCUGUUCAGAGACAGCAUUGACUCCUGCGACGUUGACAUCACCGAGAAGGUGAGCUAUUUAGAAAAGAAGAUAUCUGAGCUGGAGAACGACAGUCUGGCUAAUGGAGAUCUGAAAUCAAAACUUAAACAAGAAAACACACAACUAGUUCACAGGGUACAUGAGCUGGAGGAGCAGAUCAAAGAUCAGGAGACGCGUGCAGAGCAAUGUUUGGAGGAGGAGCUGAAGAGACACAGAGAGGCCUACAGCAAGAUGGAGAGAGACAAGAGCACUGAGAUUGAACUGCUCAGUAACAGGGUCCAGCAGCUGGAAGAGGAGAAUGCAGAGAUGAAAGUGAAUGUUUGCAGACUCAAGUCUCAGACUGAGAAACUGGACCAGGAGAAGCAACGUAUGACGGAUAAACUGGAGGACACAAGCCUGCGUUUGAAGGAUGAGAUGGAUCUGUACAGGAAGAUGAUGGACAAACUUUGGCAGAACAGACAUGAGUUUCAGAAGGAACGAGAGGCCAUGCAAGAGCUGAUUGAGGACCUGCGGCGUGAGCUGGAGCAUCUACAGCUCUUUAAACUGGAGACAGAGAAGCCUGGACGUGGACGUACUGCUGCUGGACUGUCUGAAUACAACGCCAAGACUCGAGAGAUCGAACUGGAGCAUGAAGUAAAAAGGCUUAAGCAGGAAAACCAUAAACUCAGAGACCAGAACGAUGAUCUGAAUGGACAGAUUCUCAGCCUCAGCCUUUAUGAGGCCAAAAACCUGUUCGCUUGUCACACCAAGGCCCAGUCGCUGGCGGCGGAGAUCGAUAACGCUUCAAGAGAUGAGCUGGUUGACGCUUUGAAAGAACAAGAGGAGAUCAACUUCCGUUUGCGGCAGUACAUGGACAAAAUCAUCCUGGCCAUCCUCGACCACAACCCCUCCAUUUUAGAGAUCAAGCAUUAGACUGCAGAGCUGAGAAAAUUCCUGAAAUUUGCCUGCGCUUUUCUUAAAUUACAUGUGUUUUCUUAAAUUUCAACAAGCUCUCGGCCACCGUAAGGAACCCCACUAAAUUAUGAUCAUAAUACAGUGUGAUUAAACAUAAAGAUUAUGCUCUGUGUCUCUAUUAGAACAAUGUGUGGUCUUAAAUCUCAAAUAUAUGCAAAUUCAGACACUAGCUUUAAAAGUUUGGGGUCAUUGAGAUGUAUAUUUGUAAUAGAAAAUAAACCUGUAGAGCUACGAUGCACUGAAUUAAUCAAAAAGUGACAGAGAGUUCAAAUACAAGAAUUUCAAAUACAUGCUGUCUUUUUAAACUUUCUAUUCAUCAAUCUAAUUUACAAUCCCGCAAAUUUGUUUCCAGAAUUGUAAAAAAAAAAAGCUAAAUAUUUAAGCGCAAAGUCAGCAUAUUAGAAUGAUUUCUGAAGUAUUGUGAUUUCUUACUCUAAAGACUGGAAUAAUAACGCUGCUUUACUUCAGGUUAAAAAUCUUACUGACCCCAAAACUUUCCAACAGUAUAUAUAGGCUAAAUAUGAAAUAAUAAUAAUAAAAAAAAGAAAAUUCUCAGUUUCUCUGGAUUCACAACUUUCUGUGAUCCAAAUUUUUAUUUGUAUAUUUAACGCAUAAAAAACUUUUUUUCAUGUUUUCUCACAUGAAUAAAUUAACACAGACACAAUAACAAUGUUUUAACUUCUUUCUUUUAAAAAGAGUUUGUGGAAUAAUCCUGAUUUUCAAUCAUUCAUUCAUUUUCUUGUCAGCUUAGUCCCUUUAUUAAUCUGGGGUCGCCACAGCGGAAUGAACCGCCAACUUAUUCAGCAUGUUUUUACACAGCAGAUCCAGCCGCAACCCAUCCAUGGGAAAGAUUUUCAAUCACAGCAAAUUAAUUUAUUUGAAAUUUCUACCUAUUUAUAAUUUUAACUUAAUUUUAAUUUUAAAUCUAACGACAACAUUUGAAAUUGCUAAAGACAUGUCAUUAUACCCUUCCCAGUACUGGGAUGUGGCUGGACGGGCAUCCGCUGCAUAAAAAAAAAAUAUAUGCUGGAAUAGUUGGCGACCCCUGACAAAUAAGGGACUAAGCCAAGGGAAAAUGUGUAUCUUAAUAAAUGAACACAGAUGUUACCAUCUAAAUCAAAUGAAUCCAGACAAGCUGAGAAUUUGAAUAAAUUCUAAAUAUGUUCAUAUGUUAAUAUUGUACAUCAGUGCCAUGGGUAAAGGAAGCUGCACAGUUAACUGUCAUAAGCAAGUGCUUGAACUGUACAUCCCAUGAAUGUAUCACCACACUCACAGUAUUCCGUAUUCCCCGAUUCCCAUCUCUUAGAUUUAGCCAGUCAAACACGACGUGAUCAUCACAGUAUCUUCGAUUCUUGUGUAGUUUACGGAAAGGAGCCAAAACUGCUACACGCUCGAUUGUCACAAACUAGUUUUGCUUUGUUGCACAAAUUGUACUGAAUCUGUUUCUUUGCAUGGUCUUAAUCUCCUUCUGUUUGUGUUUCCUUUAUUUGGAAUGUAACAAUGACUGUUUUUUGGAUUGUUUCAAAAACUAUUAAUCAUUUAUAGAGGAGCUUUUAUAUCUUUCUGUUGGACUUGUGUUGUAGCAUUUUGUUUUUCACUCAUUGUAAAUGUUGUACAGAGACUAGUUAAUAUUUGUAUUGAUGUGCCACUCAUCAACUUUAAUGAAUAAAGGAAAGGCUGUCUUUUAUAGUUUUAUGAGAAAACAGUAAGUUAGACGUGCGACCAAGUAAUGUAUAAAUCAUUUGUAACUGUCACAGACAAAACUCAUUCUUCAUUAUUAAUUUAAAGAAAGGAAAUUGGAUUUUAAGCUCAUAUUAAAACUUUAAUGUUUCAUAUGAUUUCUGUUCAACACUUGGAUGACCAAACCCUGACCCAGUGUCGUUUUUUCUUUUGCACAUUUUAAGGAGUCGUGCUGUGUCUGUGUCCACUGCUACAGGUUAGACAUUACACAGUUUGUGGGUCAUGGUUAAGACAACCUUUUUAAUUUACUUUUUUUUUUUUUUUUACACCUUUUCUUUGGUUGUUAUAGAAAAGCAUAGACCUUUCUUUUGUCCAGUGUGUGGGUAUAUAACUAGAUCACUAUUACUUGUUUAUAUUUCACAAGUAGGAAAGGACAAAUGAAAAUAAAAAAGCUUUCAGAAAAUUAAACAAUUGCCUCAAAGUUAUGACAAAUUUGAAAUGUACAAUAAAUGACUUGUUUGGCAUGAUUUGAAA